CAUGAUCCCUAAUCCCUGAGCCCUCUUCAUGGGUAGUUUUCAGUGACGCUCCCAACCCAUGGCAGCCCUGGACGUCCACAAUUCGGAUCAUAUUUUCUAUUCCUUCUUACAGGAUCGGACACCCAACUCAUCCCCAGACGACCCCAGCGCCUGCCAUCCCACUUGGGCCUUUUUAGCUACUCCCUCAGCGCCUCUCUGCUCACCCACCUCACCCGAAGCUUAUGAGUCGGUGGGGAUGUUCCAGCUGUGGAGCAAUGAAGUACCACCCGGCUCCCACAGCAUGGCUUUUGGGUUGCCCAAGAUGCCAUACCAGAUGGCCUCAAGCACCAGUGGAAGCAUUGCCCACGAACUGCCGCUGACACCACCAGCUGAACCCCCCUACUCGUUUGAGCUGUCGCCCAUCAAGAUGUUGGCGCCCACUGUGCCCUCCUCGUAUGCCUUCCAAGAGGGCCAGGAGUUUACUACUUUUUUACCAGGCCCACGGCCUCUAGGCCCAGCAGGCCCUGGCCUGGCAUCCGCUGAUGAUACCUCUUGGUGGAGCAUGCCGCAACCAGGCAACUUCUCGCUAGGCCGGCCACUGGUCCUCAGCCCCCAGCCACCCCUUGCCACCUUCCUGCAGGGAUCAGCCAAGGGGCUACUGGGGACGACCCGCCGCUGUCGUCGCUGCAGAUGUCCCAAUUGCCAGGCGGCAAACGGGGCUAAUGAGGAGCCAGGCAGGAAGAAACAACACGUGUGCCACCUACCGGGUUGCGGCAAGGUCUACGGCAAGACGUCCCAUCUGAAGGCCCACCUGCGUUGGCAUGCGGGAGAGCGCCCCUUCAUCUGCUCUUGGCUCUACUGUGGGAAAAGCUUCACCCGUUCUGAUGAGCUGCAGAGACACCUUCGGACGCACACGGGAGAGAAGCGCUUCAGGUGCCAGCUGUGCCCCAAGAGGUUUAUGCGGAGCGACCACUUGGCCAAGCAUGUCAAGACCCAUCAGGGGAAGCGGGUGCGGGGGCUGGCAGUGAUGGGCAUCAAACAGGAGUGAUGAGAGGGAUAGAAGAGAGAAAAGUGAAAGGCAGAGCCCAAAGAAGAAGAGGUUGUUUCGGGGAGGCAAGGAGAAUUCUGUGGUUCAAUUGUACUAGCUAGUUCCAUUCUCGGGCUUUAUGUCUCUCUCCACUGCAAAUUAUAUAGAUUUUAUACCUUUAACCUUAAUGGCUUUACCCAAAGAAUUCUAGGAACUGUAGUUUAGUAACAUUUGGAGAAUUGUCUUGGAGAGAUCCCUAGCCCGACUUCUGAACUACAUUUCCCAGGCUUCCGAGGGACUGGGCUUUUCCACGUUCUCAGUUUCCUUGCUUUUAAAUUCCCGUUUCUACAUGGGUCAGUUCUUCUGGUAUUUUGCUCCCCGUAGAGGUCAGUUCAACAUAAAGCAGCUUUAAUGCAGUAUGAAAACCUGCCGUUUAAAUCUGCAGGAAGAUAUGCUUCAUAUAAGGCUUCUUUAUGGCAAAUCAACCACUAGAGGGAGCAAAAUACAAGCAACUCUGAAACGGGGACUUAGAAGUGAGGAAACUAAAAAUGUGCAAAACUCUUCACCUGGUUUGAAAGCUAGGGUGAAAAUAAUUUAAAUUGCUGACCCCUAUGCAGGGGUGGGGGAUGGGAAACAGGGCUAAGAGCAGAAGAUGGGAGAUGCUUAAUGUU